GUUUCAUUUAUAAGAUUUCUUGUUACAAAACACAUGUUCAUGUAACGUAAAGCAACAUGUAUUAAACCAUUUUUGGCUUAACAAACUUAAAAUCAAGUUAAUUUUUUCUAUGGUAUUAAUGUAUCCAAAUAAGUUUAUGUACUGAUAGAAAAAAAUGCGUUUGUUCGUUUCGGAUUUUUCGCCGUUUUCUAAAAAGAAAUUCAGCUAACCUACGCACAGCUUCUCAGGGAAAUGUGUUUUUUCAGCACUUAGUGCACACAGUCAUGCCAGUAACUGAAAACUGCUUUUCUUGAAUCAUAGGUAGGAGUCGUGAAUCAAAUGGACGUAUAAUUGGGAAAAAAAAAUGUCAGUGUCACUAUUUUAUGUAGAGGUAAUUGUGUUAAUUUGUUAGCUGCAUAUUUUGCUUUAUAAACUUAACCUUUGCACGGAGUAAAUAAGGAAUAUUUAUUUCUGCAGAUGAAUCGAAAAUGGAAUUCGCAUUCACGUUUACUUUAGUUUUGUGCAUUCAAGUUGAUGGCGAACAAACAGCUUACUGGAUGUCAGAUGCACCUUCUAAUAAAUUCACGUCAAUGGAUUUAACUAGAGAUCCGUGCUCGAUGCCUCUUGCUUAUCUAGGAGUGUUCGAUCCUUCGACUGGCAUGGAGUACAGGGGCAGAUUGGAUAGUCAGAAUCCUGACGGGCGUUUUGAAUUAAAACCAGGAUCAACCGUGAUGGAAACUGCGUUAGUCUGCAAUGAAACUGCUUUCUUGAGCAGAAAUUGCCAUUCACGUUACAACCUGACGGUGAGCGCAAGAGAUGACGGCGGCAAAGUAAUACUCAGUGACAAGUGGACAGUUACCGUUACUGGUUUACCAAGUUCAUGCCUGGUGAACACAACAACGACAUCGGCAACGACAUCGACAUCAGCAAUGACCACGCCGGCGUCAACGACCGAUAAGUCCGGACUAUUACGAGUCAUCGUACUGUUCAUCGAAGGCCUUAAAAACAAUAUCACCGACAUCACUGCUCUUGUACAAGCAAUAAAGGGAGUCGUGUAAAAAAAUUUAACCCAUUAAUGCCAAGCGUCGAGAAAAAAGGCCGCGGCAAACAGCGUAGAACCAGAUGAGACGACGCAUGAUGCGGCGUCUCAUCUGGGUCUGCUCUGUUUGCUUAAAGGAAUUUCUGUAAGAAAUAUUCUAAAUAUAGAAUUAAAUAUACUUUAUUUCCCUAAUUUUUGAAAUUAAUUGAUCCAAUUUAGAAGGUUGGGAGAGUCCACUAGGCAUAAAUGGGUAAACAUACAAUACCGGGCAGUGCAAAAUAAUAAUAUUUUGUUUACAAGUUGAAAAAUGUAUUCCACAUUGUUCCUUCGCCCUUGAUAUUUAACUUAUCGGCUUAGCUCUUCAUUACAAUAUUUACACAAUUACCAUAGCAUCGUAUCGAACAUUUGAGUGGCGCUCUGCGAGAAAGGGUUUAAUGCAUGUGCGUAAAGUGUCUUUCCAGUUUAGCCACUGCAGUCCGCACAGGCUAACUAGGGAAGACACUUUCCGCUUUUAUGAUAGGUCUCGUUUGAACUAGGUCUCUUCUUAGAAAAAGUCCAGUUUAGGUGGAAAGUGCAGUGCGAACAGGCUAAUCUGGGACGACACUUGACGGAAUGCAUUAAACCCCAUUUUUACAGAGCGAGGCUCACUUAUUUUCUUUAAACUAUUUUAUGCGUAAGCACAUGGGUGUUAAAGCAAAUACCUAAAUUAUUGUUCGAUGUUAGUAAAUACCUAAAUAAC